GAGAGCUCCGCCUUCCGCGUCCGUUUCUUCUUUGCACACUGGCACCGAUGGGGGACGGAGAAAAACUAAAUAUCGACUCCAUCAUCCAACGCCUCCUGGAGGUAAAAGGCUGCCGUCCUGGGAAGAAUGUUCAGCUGACAGAGAAUGAGAUCCGGGGCCUGUGCCUGAAAUCCCGCGAGAUCUUCCUCAGUCAGCCAAUCCUGCUGGAGCUGGAGGCGCCGCUGAAGAUCUGCGGAGAUGUGCACGGUCAGUACUACGACCUGCUGCGACUGUUCGAGUAUGGCGGCUUCCCCCCCGAGAGCAACUACCUGUUCCUGGGAGAUUACGUGGAUCGGGGGAAGCAGUCGCUGGAGACCAUCUGCCUGCUGCUCGCCUACAAGAUAAAGUACCCCGAGAACUUCUUCCUGCUGAGAGGCAACCACGAGUGCGCCAGCAUCAACCGCAUCUACGGCUUCUACGAUGAGUGUAAGCGUCGGUACAACAUCAAGCUGUGGAAAACCUUCACUGACUGCUUUAACUGCUUGCCUGUAGCUGCCAUUGUGGAUGAGAAGAUCUUCUGCUGCCACGGAGGUCUCUCCCCUGACCUACAGUCCAUGGAGCAAGUGAGGAGGAUCUUGCGUCCCACUGAUGUCCCAGACCAGGGGCUCCUGUGUGACCUGCUGUGGUCUGACCCAGACAAGGACGUGCUGGGCUGGGGGGAGAAUGACCGGGGGGUCUCCUUCACCUUUGGGGCCGAUGUAGUGGCAAAGUUUCUUCAUAAACAUGACCUGGACCUCAUCUGCCGAGCCCACCAGGUGGUAGAAGACGGUUAUGAGUUUUUCGCUAAGCGCCAGUUGGUGACGCUCUUCUCGGCCCCCAAUUACUGUGGGGAGUUUGACAACGCGGGUUCCAUGAUGAGUGUGGACGAGUCUCUCAUGUGCUCCUUCCAGAUCUUGAAACCCGCAGAUAAGAAACUAUUUGCUUAUGGGGGAGUCAACCAGAGUCGCCCCGUAACCCCCCCACGGAACAAAAACAAACAGUCCAAAUGACCCCUCCCAGCUCUGACCCCUCACACACUGACCUCCUUCCUCAGUCUCCCCCAAUCUGCACCCACACAAGGCGGGGCCUGGGGACCUUACUUUUACCUCUCAUGGGGGGCACUUGCAAAUAGAACCACUUCUCUGCCUUAAGCCCCUCCCACAACUGCUACAGACCCUCCCACUGGUGCCAUAUUGCACUCAGAUCUGGGGGGGGGGGGGACAUAAUCGCAGCAAUAACCUCUCUCUUGUGGCACUGACUCCGCCCCUCUGUACAUGGGAACAUGGCCGACCUCUCUCUCCAUGUGAUUGGUCAGUGUAGGAAUUGGUCCUUUCAUUGUCUCUAUACAUAGGGCAGAUGUGAUGGGCAAACUGGCCUGUGGCUUGUGUUUUAUCUCUCUGUUCUGCAGGAGUUCAUGGCUUUUCAAGGGUAACUAAGACUUCUCCUAGAAUUCUGUGCUGGAUUCCAUUGGCUGUCUGUGAGCUCAGUGAUUGGCUGUUAUACCAAGAAGCUAUUGCACAGGUGCAUUGUGGGGCUCAAUUGCUUUCCAUGGGAGGAGAACAAAGAGUUACUACUGAUCAUUCCUGUCUGGGGCGGAGUCACAGUGGGGGGUGGGGCUAUUACCAUUUCUCACCUGCCCCAACGUUGCUGCUCUUCUCUCAAUUCCUACAGUUUCUAUUGGUUCUAGUGCCCAACACUGACCCCAAGGUGCCCCGCCCCUCGCUGGGGGGAGGUGCAAGAUUGUUUGCUGCGUGCAAUUGCCAGUAGGGGGUGUUUAUUAUGAGCGUGUCGGGAGGGAAGGGGGGCCGGAUUUUCGUGUGCGUCUUUUCUUCUGUAAGAGCUACGGCUUUUUAUUAAACCUUUUUAUCUCA